CAGUUGGGUUUAGGGGAAAGAAAUAUAGCUGGAGAAAGAUCAGUGAUAGAGUUGGAGAAGCGAGCGAUAAAGCAAACCGUGCGGAGCAAUCAGGACUAGGACGUAAUGCAGAAAGGGAGAAGGGUUCAAUUGAUUUGAAAGAAAGAACUAAUGAGAAGGUGAGAGUGAGCAGUGUAUUUUGUGCAUACGGUGAUAAGGAGCUCGAAGAAGGGGCUACUGAUUGCAAGUUGGAGGUAGUAGAAGAAAACAAGGUGGAAAGGGAAAUCCCAGGGAAGAAAUGCAGAGUUGGGUUUACAGGAAAGAAAAAUAGCUGGAAAAGGAUAGGUGAUGGGGUUAAACAAGUAAGCAAUAGAGCAGACAAAGCAGACAGCGUGGAGCUAUCAGGACAAGUAGAUAAUGCAGAAGAGGAGGAGGUUUCAGUUGAUGUGAAAAAAAGAGUUAAUGAGAAGGUGACAGUGAGUGGUGCAUUUCAUGCAUACAGUGAUAAGGAGGUCAAAGAAGUGGCUACUGUAGAAGAAAACAAGGUAAACAUGGUAAUCACGGGGGAGAAACAUAGAGUUGGGUUUAGGGGAAUGAAACAUAGCUGGAGAAAGGUUGGUGAUAGAGUUAAAGAAGCGAGUGAUAAAGCAAACAGCACGGAGCAAUCGGGACAAGAAUGUAAUGCAGAAAAGGAGAAUGUUUCAGUUGAUGUUAAAGAAAGAACUAAUGAGAAGGUGACAGUGAGUGGUGAAUUUCAUACAUACAUUGACGAGGAGGUCGAAGAAGUGGCUACUGUAGAAGAAAACAAGGUGGACAUGGUAAUCACGGGGCAGAAACAUAGAGGUGGGUUUAGGGGGAUGAAACAUUGCUGGAGAAAGGUUGGUGAUAGAGUUGGAGAAGUGAGUGAUAAAGCAAACAGCACGGAGCAAUCAGGACAAGAACAUAAAGCAGAAAAGGAGAACGUUUCAGUUGAUGUGAAAGAAAGAACUAACGGGACAGUGACAGUGAGCGGUGCAUUUCAUGCGUGUAGUGAUAAGGAGGUCAAAGAAGUGGCUACUGUAGAAGAAAACAAGGUAGAUAGGGUAAUGACGAGGCAGGAGCAUAGAGUUGGGUUUCGGGGAAAGAAACGUGGCUGGAGAAAGGUUGGUGAUCGAGUUGGAGAAGUGAGCAGUGAAGCAAACAGCGAGGAGCAAUCAGGACAAGAACGUAAUGCAGAGAAGGAGAAGGUUUCAGUUGUUGUGAAAGAAAGAACUAAUGAGAAGGUGACACUGAGUGGUGCAUUUCAUGUAUACAGUGAUGAAGAGGUCGAAGAAGUGGUUACUGUAGAAGAAAACAAGGUAGACAGGGUAAUCAUGGGGCAGAAACAUAGAGUUGCGUUUAGGGGGAAGAAAUAUAGCUGGAUAAAGGUUGGUGAUAGAGUUGGAGAAGGAAGCAAUGAAGCAAAUAGGGUGGAGCAAUCAAGACAAGAACGUAAUGCAGAAAAGGAGAAGGUUUCAAUUGAUGUGAAAGAAAGAACUAAUGAGAAGGUGAGAGUGAGUGGUGCAUUUCGUUCAUAUAGUGAUAAGAGCAAAGAUGUACUGAUAGAUUCGGAAGCCGGUUUGGAGAUGAGGAUUGAGAGAGAUCUUGGGGAUUUACCAUUGACUGAUAGGAGGCAUGGUCAUGGGAGAUCGAGUGGCAGGGUGUAUGGUGACAGGUGGAGACAUGGGAGUUCCAGAAGGUAUGAACCGCGAAGAAUAUUGAAGCAAAGGGAUGAUAGCUUUGCGUGGAUUAAAAAGGGGGAGUCUUCAAGUGGCAAUGUUGCUGAAAUUAAAACUCAGGUUGAUUUUUCAAGCUAAAGCACAAGUCGGAGUAAGCUUUGCUCGUAGUGAAUCAAGUCAGUUUCCUUACAGAAGUGGCUUCUUAUUCAUUGCUUUUACCAAUUCAACUUCAUGCUCACUGGGAAUACAGACAACUUUACAUGUAAAUUUGCCUGCAGUUGCUUCUCCUAGUCUUCUUCCUUGUAUUAAAGACGAUUUUUCUCCUCUUGACCCUAUUUUGCGGCUUUAUAUGUACUGUAAAUGAAAAUUAUGUCAAAUUUAGACUCAUGAACUAUGCAUUUUGUGUAAAGAUAGUAGUCUUGUGAAUGUCAACUUAUUAUAGGCUGCCUCGUUUGAACA